AUGCUUUGUACGUGUAUUUCACAAACUGCUAACUAUUUUCCAGCAGAAGAAAAAGAAAAAACACCCAAGUCGUCAAAACAAAGUUCGAAAAGACAAUCGGUCAACCACGAGCCACUUGAAAAAUUUAAUGAAGACGAUAACAGUAUGGAAUUUUUAGAAGACCAACAACACACCGAAAGCGGCGAGUGGACCUUAGACACGAAAGAUUGUGAUGACACUGAACCCAGCGGCACUUCUGUUUCAGUAGGAGAACACAAUCAAUUUAUGUAUGCUCUCAAAAAUUUAAACAUGAAAGAACCAGGGUUUGUGGCAUAUGCAUUGUGGGCUAAAGAAGUGCGCAAGACUUUGAUGAAUGCUUAUCCAAACUUUAGUACAUCACAAAUUAAUCAACAGCUCAGAGACAUGUGGAAAUCUGUACCAACUGAAGAUAAAAGUCGAUGGGUACGCAAAGCCAAGAGAUUAUUAGAACGUGAAGGAUUGGUUGACAAUAGUACAAAUGACACAAAAAUUACAGUAAAAAAACCAAGCGCAGAAAUUAUUGAUAAUUCAAUAGAUACUAGCAAUAAAAAUAAACCCAAAUUAGAACCGUUAAGAUCAACACAGCCUAUUGAUGUGGCAGCUCAUUUGGCUUUGCUAGGCGAAUCGUUGGGCAUAAUUGGUCAAAGACUGAAAGAACAUCAGGGCCAGAUAGCUGUAAAUGGAAGUGUAUCGGUUCUUCUAGAUUCUCUGUUAUGUGCCUUGGGACCUCUACUUUGUCUUACUCAACAAGUGACAGAAAUUAAUGUGAACUCCCAAGAAACAAUGUCAAGACUCAUGGACGAUAUAGCGUAUAUAAUGCCAGGAUUGUAA